AAUGUCAGUCGCUUCAGGUAAACAUUCAGUUCAUUCCAUUCGAUUGUAUCGCGAAAACGUGUUAAUUUAUAACAAGUAACCUUCUAGUUUGUCGUUGAUUUUAGGCAUUAUUUGCCAAUAAAUUACAGUAAUGGAUAUCGUAAAAGAAGUAUUGGACAAGCAGCGAAAAGAUUUGGAAAAAUAUAAACCUAUCACGGUUGAAAAACACCUGGAAGUUGCAACUGAUUUGGGACAUCUAAUGGUAACCGACCCAAACUAUUUCGACGACGAAAAGUUCAAAGCCGACCAUGAACAAUAUUUACUGGAUUUAACGCGGGACAAUACCCAGUUGCUUAUUAACAGCAUCUGGGAACUGCCAACGGAUCGUCAGGACGAAUACAUAGUAGCCAAACUGCCAGUACCGCGGACCGUUCUACCCAGAGCACGAAAGUUACCGGUACCUAAACCGCUGACCAAAUGGGAACAAAUAGCCAAGGCUAAGGGAAUCAAAAAACGUACUCGGGACAAGAAGGUGUACGAUGAGGUGCUGGACAAAUGGGUACCAACGUACGGCUACCAGCGAUACAAGGCGGAGAAAGAGAAAGACUGGGUUCUGGAGGUACCCCAGAACGCCGAUCCCAACAAGGACAUGUUCCAAGAGAAGCGCGAUUUACGUAUUGAACGAAUUGCCAAGAAUGAAAUUUCUCGCAUGAAGAACAUUGCCCGAACCAAGAAAAUACAAACACUGCGAACAGGGUUUUUGGGGCCAGAAUCUGCAUCGGCUAAAGAGUUGGUCACGGCCGCUAAUAUUGCUAAGGCGUCGACGGCUUCAGUCGGUGUCUUCCAAGAGAAACUUUCAAACGAGAAGGUGGCCCGUGGUAUUGGAGUACGUGAGCUGAUUCCGGGUAGCAAACGCAAACGGACACCGCUAACACUGCCGGGUGAAAAGAAACGUAAUCUGGACAUUGUCAGUAAAGUGCUGAACAAAAAACCUAAAAUCGAUGUUGAGAAAGCCAUUUCUCUACAAAAAGCGGAAGCAAGAGCAGAACGAGAAGCUGCAUCGGCUGAAGGUGCACCGAAAAAGAAGCAAGGUAAAAAGGGUGCGAAGGGUAGCUUUGGCAGGAAGAAACCGAAAGGUGGUCAAGGCAAACGGAACCACAGCAAACGAGCAGUCGGUCGAAAGAGGCGUUAGAUGUUUUUAAUUUCCACAAUAUUUUAUUCGAAAGUCAUAAAAAAGAGUUAUUCCACAA